AUGGAUGAUGUUCCAUUAGAAACUAGGGCUAAGUUAUUUUUCCUACACGAUGGAGCACUUGCACAUAAUGCAAUUGUUGUUCAAGAAUAUCUGCAGAGUACAUUUGGGGCAGUAGUAAGCCCCCCCCCCAGAUCUUCGGACCUUAUGCUAUUAGAAUUUUACUAUUCAACUCCACUUUUAAAUGUUCAGGACCUCAAAGACAAAAUUGUAAAUAGUUGUGCCGAACUUCAAAGAGAACCAAUUUUAGCAGCUACUCAAAUAGAGCGCCGUCUGCAGUCACGCAUGUAG